UAAAGCAUGUGAGGGAGCAAUGGCCAUGUAGUUAUCCCAGAUCGAGUGGACUCUUCCAUUUCAAUUACUCUCUCAAGAUCUUGCUAACUACAUCCCAAAUUCAUUGUCGAGACGCUAUAAUCUCAUUCUGAUACUGAGAAAGUGCUGUCGGUAUCAAAUUAGGCGCCAAUUGAAAUUGAGAAUUGAUAGUUUGAUUCAAAAUACUUGUGUUGUUGUUGUUGUUGUCUCCUUGUGUUGUUCCUAGAGACGGAGAUCUUGAUAGGGAAUGGGAAUGAUGAGCUCAGAUGAGAGAGCUGUUGCCGUGAUCAUGGUUGGUGGCCCUACAAAAGGUACUCGAUUCAGGCCAUUGUCACUAAAUAUUCCAAAGCCACUUUUUCCACUAGCAGGACAGGCAAUGGUUCAUCAUCCAAUCUCUGCCUGUAAAAAGAUACCAAACCUAGCACAGAUCUAUCUUAUUGGUUUCUACGAAGAACGCGAGUUUGCCUUAUAUGUCUCCUCCAUCUCUAAUGAGCUUAAAGUCCCUAUCAAAUACUUGAAAGAGGACAAGCCACAUGGAUCUGCUGGUGGACUAUACAAUUUCAGAGAUCUCAUCUUGGAAGAUAACCCGUCACACAUCUUCUUGCUGAAUUGUGAUGUUUGCUGCACUUUCCCAUUGCCUGAGAUGCUUGAGGCUCAUAAAAAAUAUGGUGGGAUGGGAACAAUCCUUGUAAUUAAGGUUUCCCCUGAAUCAGCAGACCAAUUUGGGGAGCUUGUAGCUGAUCCUAAUUCCAAUGAGUUGCUCCAUUACACUGAGAAACCUGAAACUUUUGUUAGUGACCGAAUAAAUUGUGGUGUUUAUGUAUUUACACCCGAAAUCUUUACUGCAAUUCAAGGUGUUUCUACACAACGAAAAGACAGAGCUAAUCUAAGACGUCAAUCCAGCUUUGAGGCAUUACAGUCAGCUACAAGGAGUCUUCCUGCAAAUUUUGUAAGACUGGAUCAAGAUAUAUUAUCACCACUUGCAGGAAAGAAACAGUUGUACAUAUAUGAAACUAGGGAUUUUUGGGAACAAAUAAAAACACCUGGAAUGUCCUUGAAAUGUUCUGGAUUGUAUCUUUCAUUGUUUCGUUACACCUCACCCCAUCUUUUGACUGAAGGAGAUGGUUCAAAAAGUGCCACUAUACUUGGUGAUGUUUAUAUUCAUCCCUCAGCAAAAGUUCAUCCAACUGCAAAGAUUGGCCCAAACGUCUCCAUAUCUGCCAAUGCACGUAUCGGAGCUGGUGUCCGGUUGAUCAACUGUAUUGUUCUUGAUGAUGUUGAAAUCAAGGAAAACGCGGUUGUUAUUCAUUCGAUUGUUGGUUGGAAAUGUUGUAUUGGGAGGUGGUCGCGUGUCCAGGCUGAAGGAUCUCCCAACGCAAAGCUUGGAGUGACCAUUCUUGGUGAAGCUGUUACUGUUGAAGAUGAAGUAGUGGUAAUCAAUUGCAUUGUCCUUCCAAACAAGACUCUAAAUGUUAGUGUUCAACAAGAAAUUAUCUUAUAACAAAGUAAAGACGAUUCAAACCCUAAUUUUUUUUAUAUGUCCUCUCUUCAUCGGAUGGAUGCCAAAAAUAACAAGAUGAAGUUAUAGUAUGGAGUGUGUAUUCUUCUUAAACAUUAAUGUCUAUAGAAGUUUGUGUUUGGUUUUACUUUUUAGAAGCUCUUGUACAUGACAAUUUGGGAAGCAAAUGUUUAUGUUUUAUUUAAAA